AUGUCGCAAAUCAAGGGUGGCAGAAUCGUGCCCAUACUUACGGGUCACGAUCCGCUUCAUCCCAAGUCGUUAGAUCAGUCUACGAUCCCAACUUCAAUCUCUCAGACCUCCGAUUUUGAUGAGACCUCUUCUUCUUCUUCUUCUUCGAAUCCCCCCAAUUUCUCCGCCGGUGCAGGACCGGGUUUCGGACCAGACCCGUAA